UGCCAAUCUUCUAACCUUGAAUCACUUCUCUCUCGAGUAAAAAACCCAAAAGAAAAAGUCUCUCAAAUUUUGGAUUUCCUAAGAGAAAUAUCCACUUCUAGAUAUGGAUUCAUUCGACAUUCAUGGCAUCAGAGUCGAGAAGGCUAAAGCGAUCUUUAGGCACAACAAGCUUCUAAAGAUCACCACUUUGUUUAGAAUCAUGGAGCUUUGUGUUUUCUUGAUCAUUCUCUCCAGAUUUUGCAUUCAACUACCUCUUGCUUUCAAACUGUCUGGUGAUUAUUUCAGGGGAAUUUUUGCCACCUUAAUUAGUCCCUGGUUCGUGUUUGUAUUUGGAAACGCGAUAAUCGGCAUUCUGUUCCUAAAAUCGGGACAGUCAUCAGCCAAAGAUGGUGUCUAUGAUGAGUACACGGAAAACUGUCGAAAGAAUAACUACGAGAACCAAAAACAGACGAACAAAAUCGCCAGUUGUGAAUAUACUACGAGUUGUGAUCACGAGGAAAGGAAAAUACACAGAAUUCAAUCAGAGAAAAUGGGAAGGAUGCACACCGAGGAGCCUCACCGGAAACUAAGGCGGUCGAUGACAGUAAGAUGCCGGAGAAAUGUGAAUUACGGUAAGAAGGCGGUGGCUACUUCCUGUGCCGAGGAUGCAAUGAGUAAUGAAGAGUUUAGGCAAACUGUUGAGGACUUCAUCUCUCGACAACAUAGGUUUCUGAGGGAAGAAAAAGAAUUUUCAGCUGUAGUUUCGUACGAAACGAGACAGCCAAUACUGUCAAUAUCAUGUACUAGAUUUUAACUUCAAUUUUGUUCCUUAGUUGUAUCCAAUACAGUCCAUAUAGAUGUGUCUCCCUUUGUAUAUUUAUCAUAUUUACAAUCCUCAAUAAAUUUGACAAAAUUUCGCACUGGUUGUUAAUC